CAUGGAUCCCGGCUCCACUUGGUGGCCACGUGGACUGCUGCUUUACCAGAUAAGAGAUAAGGGGGCUCAUUGCGUCCAAAUUUUCACAUGUCGAGCCCCUAUCCGCAAGACACACAGUUCAUGCCCUAUAAGUGCAAGCCUGAGAAGCUGUCUCCAAUUCCCAGAUGAGUCGAGACACGAAAAGAUAUGUCGCCGUACCCACAUCACAGACUCAGGCCCUUAUGACUUCCAGUGGAAGUGGAAGCGACACCGAAACCGAUGUCUUCGAUGCCAGCUACAAGAAUGGAGGUGUUGAUAGAAGGCUGCAUGCUCAGAGGUUUCAGGAGCUGGAGAACAAGUACUGAAACUCUUGUCAAAAGGCCAACCAUGAAGCGACAUAUGAAUGCAUGCCAAUGCUUCUGCUUUGGUCUCACAAUGCUCUUUCUUGGUGUUGUCCUGGGAACUGUAUUUUGGCUUCCUGCCACUGCGUAUGGGAAGUAUUUGAAUUAUCGCAAGCUUCUCCAAGGGUGGCCAAGAGAGACAUGGACAGAAGAGUUCCUUGGGUCCAUUGAGACAGAUCUCCAGUUGGUGAAUGUGACAGAAGGGGAGCAGUACCUGGUCUUUGGCUUUCAGUACAUGAAUGGAAGCAUAAGUGAGGGAUAUGGAAUACCUGAAUACGUGUAUGGGGGUCUGGUGGCAUUUGACCAAGGUGGUAAUCACAUGUGGGACAAGAAGCUUAAUGGCAUUCCUCAGAGUCUCAUCUGUGAGGGGAUUGAUAUUGAUGGAAAUGGAGUGAAUGACUGCAUUGUUGCUGGUAGCAAUGGAACUUUGCUUGUUGUCAAUGGAGAAACAGGUGAUAUGCUUUGGGAAAUGAAAGACAUCCUGCCAGGAAAUCUCUCUACAGCCAUGCUUGUUCCAGACUUAAAUGGAGAUGGGAAGCAAGAAUUAGUGAUGAUCUUCAAUGAAGAUUUACCAGAUCUUCCUCAUGUUGAACGGUCAGCCAUUGUGAUUGCUGAUCCAAAUACAGGAAGCCUUCUGGGGCAAGGACCCAUGCUUCUCUCUGGCUGUGCUCAUCUAUCCUCUCUUGAAAUGAAUGGGAAUGAUUCCAUUCUCACUACCUGCACUGAUUUCACAAAAACUGAUCACGUGGUUCGGAUAUCUCUGUCCACUAUGGCUUCUGAACUGGAGGCAGGGAAAAGGAGUUUGACCUUUAAAACUGAUACAGGCCUUGUGUCAUCAGAUUCCAUGGGUUUGAUUGAGGGAAAGAACCUUCUGUUGACUUGGGAAGCAGAGGAUUCUCUCAUCUUCUCCCUCAAGCCAAAUCUCACAUAUUUCUUUCAACACCAGGGGUCAUUAUGGGAGAAGGAGGUCUCACAUGGUCAAGUUCUCUAUGCCUUCCCCAUGCCUUGCCAUGGUCCCAGUUGCAAUGCAGAUGCUUUCUUCAUCAAAUACCUUACAUGGACUGCAAGAAGGAAACGGCAGGUGCAAACAUUUGAUCCUAGUUUGAAUGCCGAGUCUGAAAUGAGCAACAAAAUGCAGUUUCCUAAUGACUUUGACAAGUAUCUGGCUACAUACAAACCGAGAGAAUAUGACCUGCCCCAAAGUUGGCCCCCAGGCAUCAAACAUGUGCCUUCCAAUGUUGAGAAGCUUCCUCAACUAUCAAAUUAUUUUAAUCCAGACAAUCACAAUGAUAAUGACAGAUUAUCCCUUGAUGAGCAUGAAGGGCCUAAAUCUCCUCCCAAUUAUCCAUUUGUCUUGGAUAGAAAUCCAUUGAACCCAGAAGGAGAAAAAGAAAUGCCAUUCCCUACAGAGGUGAAGCUGACACAAAGAACAAUGACAUCGACCUCAUCAUCAAGCGAAGGUAUCCAAAGCUCAACCUCGAGGCCAUCUUCCCCUGCUUCAACCCAAAUCCCAGUGACAACAGAUGGAAUGAAGGAGAUGACAACCCUGCAUCAUUCCCUUGCCCAUGAUGAACAGGUUUUGACUGAGCUGCCUGAGAAAUUGUCAAGAGGAUAUGAAGUCCAGGAGGUGAAGGAAGCCCUUCUGUAUGUGUCCAAAGUAGAGGGAUAUGAAGCUGAGGAGCAUUCUCUAGAUGAAAAGACCAUUCAUCGCUUCUGCCUGAAAGAGCAGUGCUUCCCCUCUUCUACAGUUUGCCGCACAGUAUUGUAUGGGGAGAAAUGGACAGUGGUGAAUGCAGUGGCAUCAGUGAAGACCUUGGAGGAUGGGACAUUCCGACUCAUCACUCUCCUCUCCCGUUCCCCUCUUGCAUGGACAUAACUCAUCUAACCUGUCAACCUUUCCUCACCAAUUCUUUUCUUCCCAUUCUCUCACUCCAUGGUGGAGGGUCCCUCCCACGUUCAAUCGUGGAUGCUCAAAAUGUCUUUUUUUAUUACAUUCCUGUCUUGUGAAUUUAAAGA